AUGCGCGAGAUUGUACACAUCCAGGCAGGGCAGUGUGGUAACCAAAUAGGUUCGAAGGUACGUUUAAACUGACAUGCCUGAACAACCCCUGAGUAACAUUGUUUAUGUGACGAGUCGAUUCCAAACGCCACGCAAUGAAACAAGAUUAUUGAAAGAUUGUUAUAUUUAAACGUUCUCUUUCAGUUUAGGCCAUUUGUCCUCUAGGGACCAGCAUAACGCUACAGUUUUUCAACCAGAUUUUUUUCCGAGCUUCUAUUUCAGAAGCUGAUUACGCUAUGACUGUUCUUCGUCAAUUCUCUGUUUGGUAUACUUUUUUCCCAAUAAUCUGUAAAUUAUUUGUACAUAUGCCAUUUACAUAGAAAAGUUAUUAUGACCGUACAUGUCAAAAAUAGGGUCCACCCAUUCGUUGCACAGGCUUAUUUCGGGGAAAGUGACCGUUUGCGUUUUACGAAACCUCAUUGGUUUUUGUUUGCGGGAAAUUCAUUUGUCUACCUCAGUUAACAGAAGAAAUUUCUGCGUGGUCAUGGCCUAAGUCACGAUUAAUUUAUUGAACACAUAACUCAGCGGCACUGACUUCAUUUUACUUAUAUAACACCUUUGGUCUGCAAGCAACUUCAACAAUCCUCGUCGCCUUUUGUGGCACGAACAGUUAUAAUGAGGUUUAAUUAGCUGCAAGUUAGAUAUCUUUGCGUCCAUCAACUUGCUAUGUCACAUUAUUUUCGUUCUAAUCGGAUAAGGCAAGCUAACACGUUUAACGCAGCCCUAAUGAAACAAUGUGUACUGAUCGAUACACUAGGUGAUGUCAUUUUGUAUUUAUUUUAGUUCUGGGAGGUAAUUUCGGAUGAACAUGGAGUGGACCCCACUGGGACCUACCACGGUGAUUCCGACCUCCAAUUGGAGCGCAUCAGCGUCUACUACAGUGAAGCGAGUGGCGGCAAGUACGUUCCACGGUCUGUGCUCGUGGAUCUGGAGCCCGGUACCAUGGACAGUGUGCGUGCUGGCCCCUUUGGCCAACUCUUCCGUCCCGAUAACUUUGUCUUUGGCCAGAGUGGUGCCGGCAACAACUGGGCCAAGGGCCACUACACGGAGGGAGCGGAACUGGUCGACUCGGUCCUUGAUGUCGUCCGAAAGGAAUGCGAGUCCUGCGACUGUCUCCAAGGUUUCCAGAUGUGCCACUCGCUUGGUGGUGGCACUGGCUCUGGCAUGGGAACGUUGCUCAUCUCUAAAAUGCGCGAGGAGUUCCCCGACCGCAUCAUGAACACGUUUUCUGUCAUGCCGUCGCCAAAGGUGAUUACCCUAUUAGCAAUUAGAAAACCGAAACACGCCUACUUCCAAAAACAUGAAUUUUUCCGGUAGUAGGUUAUUUUAAUGCUCUUGUUUUACGCCCAGUGACCUUUCCACACCACCACUUGCUCGACGAAAUCUACCACGUCUUCAUUUUAAUGCAUGGUUGCAUACGCUUGCUGUCGUGUCAAGACAUCCUUAAGAAAGUGUGGCGUUCAAACUUUUAUUUCAGACCAUGUCUGCUCAUGGGCGCUGGAGAAGUAGGCGAACUGGUAGACGCCUGUGCUCCGUUUCCGCCAGUUCUUUCAGUUUGGUCAUGGAUUUAAGUAGCAGUUGUAAUUUAUGGUGGGGGUAACUUAUGUCGGCAUUUCUAUGUUGUCUUUGUUUUAGUACUGGAUGCAGUGACGUAGCGAUGUAUUAUAACUGAACUGUGCAAUCGUACUCCAGCUCAGUUUUAAUCAACAAGUAUAGUUCCUUGCCUACAGUAAAUGUCAACUCUCAAAUCCCACUCAAGUUUGGAUUGCUGAACUUAAAGCGUCCGCGAAAUUGACGUAAACAAUUUUCUGGACGAUGUCGGUAACCUAGACAUAUAUCUUUCCAUUUUCAAUAUAGCUCUAAUCUCCGACAGCAAAUAAAGACAUUCAAUGCUUGAAUUUCUGCAACCCGACUGGCAGACAAACAAGCGCAAAUUUUUCGCCAAGAGCGUUUAUAUUAGAUAAAAUACAUAGCUCCGACUUCGUAGGAGGCCGGAUUUAGGCCAUUAGUUAAGCAAAACCGAGUCUUCACCUUGUAGGUGAUGUGAAAGAGCCUUGUCUUGCUGUUUCACCUAAGACUAUCUAUUCUUUAGCUUCUUAGUGUAGCUCAGUCUCUUAGCGAAUAAUCCAUCUGCGCAUGUAAAUAUCAGGAUUUUUUUCAGUAACCUUUUAUCCUUCUCCAGGUUUCUUUAAAAUUCCUGCCUGGCGUAUGCUUCACGUAGCACAGCUUGUUUUAUUCUUCGCAGCUUAACACUUUAGCUCUAUCGCCUUUUCCGCCAGGGAACACAUGGCGAUCAAUACGACUUUUCCCUUCUGGUAAAGAGUUUAGUAGUUUCCUGUACUUUUUUUAAUUGUUAACGCAAAUAAACGUCGAUUCUUAGCCCUAUCCUGCAGCCCACAGUGCUGAAUAGACUCCUUUAAGCAAAGACAGGGACCCUUUCUUCCUUCUUAGCAGCUGGCACUCCGCGUUUUUCCCACGAAUUACCUCCAUGUUGAGUGCUAAAGUGGUUUUUCCUCUUGGAAUGCGUAGGUUUCCGACACCGUCGUAGAACCUUACAACGCUACCUUGUCAAUCCACCAACUUGUCGAGAACACGGAUGAGACAUUCUGCAUUGACAAUGAGGCCCUCUACGAUAUCUGCUUCCGCACUCUGAAGUUGACUAACCCCACCUACGGUGACCUAAACCACUUGGUGAGUGCAACAAUGUCUGGUGUGACCACCUGCCUGCGCUUCCCCGGACAACUAAACGCAGAUUUGCGCAAACUGGCCGUUAAUAUGGUACCAUUCCCGCGCCUGCACUUCUUUAUGCCAGGCUUUGCGCCGCUGACAAGUCGAGGGAGCCAGCAGUAUCGUGCACUCAGCGUGGCCGAGUUGACCCAGCAGAUGUUCAAUGCAAAGAACAUGAUGGCCGCAUGCGAUCCUCGCCACGGGCGCUACCUCACCGUGGCGGCCAUCUUCCGUGGACGCAUGUCUAUGAAGGAGGUCGACGACCAGAUGUUGAACGCUCAGAACAAGAACAACUCCUACUUUGUUGAGUGGAUCCCCAACAAUGUUAAGACUGCCGUCUGCGACAUUCCUCCUCGCGGUCUAAAAAUGUCAGUGACCUUUGUGGGCAACACCACAGCCAUUCAGGAACUCUUCAAGCGGGUCAGUGAACAGUUUACGGCAAUGUUCCGCAGAAAGGCCUUCUUGCAUUGGUACACCGGCGAAGGCAUGGAUGAGAUGGAGUUCACGGAAGCCGAGUCAAACAUGAAUGAUCUGGUGAGCGAAUAUCAACAGUACCAGGAGGCCGGCAUCGAGGAGGAAGAGGACGGGAUGGAAGAACUGCCAGAGGAGGGUGACUUGGAAGCCUAG